AUGCCGACCAUAACGGUCUAUGGGAACGACCUCAGCCCACCAGCACGAGCGGCCAGGAUGGUAGCCGAGGCGGUGGGACUGGACGUGGACCUCAAGAGGACCUACCCCUUGAGAGGGGAGUGCAAGAAACCCGAAUACAUCAAGAAAAAGGAGCCGAGCGACGAAUUGAGGGACAACUUAGUAGACGGCCUGGAGACUCUGGAACGCUUCCUGACCACCAACAAGUUUCUUGCCGGGGACAACUUAACCAUUGCUGACUACUGCUGCUACUGUACAAUCACAUUCCUUGACUUUCCAAAAAAAGGUAGAGUAGACCUCUCGAAGUACAAAAAUAUCCAGAGGUGGAUGGAUCUACUACAGAAUACUAGUCCCUUGUUCAAGAAGUACGACCAGAUCCGCGAGAAGGCGAUACAAAAAUACUUGGAAGAUGGAAAGUAUUAG